UACAUUCUAUUUCUUGUCUGUCAGCAGCUGCAGGUUGCAGUGAGUUGUAGUUCGCAAGAAAGGUUGGCUACCAGUCAGUAAUUUAGAAACUGUUUCACUUUUGAGUGUAACUGAUAGAAAGGUGGCCUUUUAGCUGAUCAUAUGAAGGAGAGGAAUAUCCUGAAGAUGAGGGUCUCACCAACCUCUGUCAUGUGGGUUUUUUUUUCUUCUAGGAAGUAAUUAAUAAAGUUUUAAGUGUUACUGUAUUGCAUGAGGGACAUCCUUGUGUCCUUUGGUUUCUCCAUUAAGCCUCAUUUCAUACAUCUCUUUGGGAAGGGAACUGUGCCCAGCUUGGUAAAUGAGAGAUGAGCAUUUUGGCUCUAACCUGCACAUUGUGUUUAUCUGGUCUCUGUAAAAAGGAGCAUUAGACCUAGAAAAUUCUUCAGCUGCUAGUAUGUAAGCCAAGUUGCAUGGAAUGGUAGAUUUUCAUCUAUCAGAAACGAAAUCCUUUUAAACUUACCAGUUGAACUAUUUGUAAAUUUUGUAUCUUUUUAAAAUGAAUUGUUGUGUUAAAAACAUUGAAUUUGAUUAAGGGGUAGUGAAUGUUUAAAAUUAGGACUCAAAAUUGUUUUUCACUUCCAAAAUACGGACCUAAAGCUUUUAGUAAAUUUAACUGCAUUUGUGCACUUUUGUUUAUUUCUGUCCUAAUGCAGUGUAGAUGCUAAACCUGCCUCCUUUCCAGGAGGAAGCUAGGCUUUGGGGAAUGAGUAGGAAAGUAAAAUCUGUAGAAAGGAGCUAUAAUUAUAAACAUAUGUGCUUCAGAGUGUGUUACUCUUUUUUAAGUGCCUGAUAAUACUUGAACUCCAGUUAAAUAAUUGAGUUGCAUUUUACUGAAAAGACAAAACCCCUAAAUCUUCCAAUCAAUUGCAUAAAAAACUUGACAAGGUUGAUUUUAUUUUAGCUGGAUAAUCUGAAUGUUGCCUCUGUUUUGUUAGCCAAGGCUAUAUUCCUUCAAGUACAUGUGUGUGCCAUUGACAUGCUGAACCUCAAAUACAAAGAUAUUUUGCAGACUGAGGUCUAAGAGAACAAAGGAAGUUUUCUGUUAAAGGUUUUUACUGUAGUUAAUCAGUAUUUUCUCUUGCAGCUCUGAGGAGCUUUCAGCCAUCUUGGGUACAAAAGUGCUGUAUCUAAUUAUUUUCCCUUGAAAGAAGGCCUCAGUUUCUUGAAGGUUGUUACAUUCCUGUGUCAGACACGAAACUUUUUUUGCUAAAGGACCAUCUCUAGAUGGACAGAAGAUAGUGUCAGCAAAAGCACUGUUGCUUUAUCUUCUGAGCACACUGGGACAAUGCCUGACAGACUGUAAAUCACAUUGGACUGCAGAGUCGGAGCUGAUCCUGGAUCCUGUGGUAUUUCUGUACUGCAGAGAUGAGCUCUGUGGCGACAGACAAGGUUGCAGGCAAGCUGAGCUCCACUCUCUCAUGGGUGAAGAACACGGUAUCGCACACCGUCAGUCAAAUGGCCAGCCAGGUGGCGAGCCCAUCUGCCUCCCUCCACACCACAUCCCCCUCCACCACUCUGUCCACACCCGCCCUGUCACCAUCCUCACCAACACAGCUGAGCCCAGACGACUUGGAAUUACUUGCUAAACUUGAGGAACAGAACAGACUUUUGGAAACAGAUAGCAAAUCCUUACGAUCAGUAAAUGGGUCAAGAAGAAAUAGUGGAUCUUCUCUUGUAUCUAGUUCAUCAGCUUCUAGCAAUCUCAGCCAUCUUGAAGAAGACUCGUGGAUCCUGUGGGGGCGGAUUGUGAAUGAAUGGGAAGAUGUACGGAAAAAGAAAGAAAAGCAAGUUAAGGAGCUGGUUCGAAAAGGGAUACCUCAUCACUUCAGAGCAAUUGUUUGGCAACUUUUAUGCAGUGCUCAAAGCAUGCCAAUUAAGGAUCAGUAUUCAGAGCUUUUAAAAAUGACAUCUCCUUGUGAAAAAUUAAUAAGAAGGGACAUUGCUAGAACAUACCCUGAGCAUGAUUUUUUCAAAGAAAAAGAUAGCCUUGGGCAGGAGGUCUUGUUCAACGUAAUGAAGGCUUACUCUUUGGUGGAUCGUGAGGUUGGAUACUGUCAAGGGAGCGCUUUUAUAGUUGGAUUGCUGCUUAUGCAGAUGCCGGAAGAAGAGGCAUUCUGUGUGUUUGUUAAAUUAAUGCAAGAUUACAGACUGCGAGAACUCUUUAAACCAAGCAUGGCUGAACUGGGCCUUUGUAUGUACCAGUUUGAAUGCAUGAUCCAGGAACAUCUUCCAGAGCUUUAUGUGCACUUUCAGUCUCAGAGUUUUCACACUUCUAUGUAUGCAUCGUCAUGGUUUUUAACUAUAUUCCUUACAACUUUUCCACUACCAAUUGCAACGAGAAUAUUUGAUAUCUUUAUGUCUGAGGGUUUAGAGAUAGUAUUUCGAGUAGGUUUAGCAUUACUUCAGAUGAACCAGGCAGAAUUACUGCAACUUGACAUGGAAGGAAUGUUACAGCACUUUCAAAAGGUCAUUCCACAUCAGUUUGACAGUGGUCCAGACAAAUUAAUCCAAGCAUCUUACCAAGUCAAAUACAAUGCAAAAAAAAUGAAAAAGCUAGAAAAAGAAUACACUACAAUAAAGACAAAAGAAAUGGAAGAACAAGUUGAAAUUAAAAGGUUAAGAACUGAAAAUAGACUCCUAAAACAGCGCAUUGAAACGCUAGAAAAAGAAAGUGCUUCCUUGGCAGAUAGAUUGAUACAGGGACAAGUGACAAGGGCCCAGGAGGCUGAGGAAAACUACCUCAUAAAACGGGAGCUGGCCACCAUCAAACAGCAGAGUGAUGAGGCCAAUACUAAGCUGGAGCAAGCUGAGAAUACCAUCAGGGAGCUCCAGCAACAGCAGCAAUGGCAUAAAUGCAGUUCACGAUACAGUGAAGACUUUGUGCUACAGCUGGAAAAAGAGCUGGUCCAAGCCAGGCUGAGUGAAGCAGAAUCCCAUUGUGCCCUGAAGGAGAUGCAAGAUAAAGUUCUAGAGAUGGAAAAGAGGAACAGCUCCCUCCCUGAUGAGGAAAAUAUUGCCAGACUACAAGAAGAAUUGAUUGCAGUAAAAUUAAGAGAAGCAGAAUCUUUGAUGGGUCUCAAAGAACUAAGGCAGCAAGUCAAAGAUUUGGAGGAACACUGGCAGCGUCACCUAGCUCGUACCACGGGAAGAUGGAAAGAUCCUCCCAGAAAAAAUGCAGUGAAUGAGCUACAGGAUGAGCUGAUGACAGUGCGCUUGAGAGAAGCAGAAACUCAGGCUGAGCUGAAAGAGACCAAACAAAGAAUGAUGGAGGUGGAGACACAGAAUCAGAUCAAUAGUAAUCACUUACGAAGGGCAGAGCAAGAGGUUACCAACCUACAGGAGAAGGUGCAGUAUCUUUCUGCACAGAACAAAGGACUCCUGGCUCAGUUGAAUGAAGCAAAACGUAGACAAGCAGAGAUUGAAUGCAAGAGUAAAGAAGAAGUGAUGGCAGUACGGCUCCGUGAGGCAGACCGCAUUGCAGCUGUGGCAGAACUCCAGCAGCAUAUUGCUGAUUUAGAAAUCCAGAAAGAAGAAGGAAAAAUUCAAGGGCAGCUUAAUAAAUCUGAUUCUAACCAGUAUAUCAGAGAACUGAAAGAUCAGAUAGCUGAGCUGCAUCAUGAGAUCAAAUGUCUAAAAGGCCAGAGAAACUCCUCAGACCAACCCACUUUUGAUGGGAUUCACAUUGUCAACCAUUUCACAGGAGAUGAUGAAUCAUUUCAUUCUUCUGAUGAAGAUUUUAUAACUAACUCCAUACAGGAGAGUGGGGUGAACUUUCAUCUUCCCAGGAGGACUGGUCAGAUGUCUUUGGAUCACACACUCGUAGACAGCAGUGACAGUGAUACUGAGGAAAGUGCCCUUCAGACUGGGAAUUCAGACAAGAUGGUUUCUAAGCAGAGAAGAACAGAAUCUUACUCUACUACUGUGUGAUUAUCACUGUGACUAGCACUGAAGACUUCCAUAUUUCUUUAAGGCUGAAAUUUUGAGGGAACUGAAACCAUCCAGCAGUUGGUUUAGGUAACUAUUGGAUUUGGUCUGGCCUGUGAUAAAUAUAUACAAGUACUGUCUAUCUGCCUUCUCUCUUUGCCAAAUCUUGCUAAUGACAUACCAUUGCCAUAAAACAGGCUGGGAAGAAGUUGAUGGAUGACAGUUUUGACAGUAUUACUGAAUGUUCUUUGGUUUAGAAACUGCAAAUAUAUUAUUUCUUUAAUGUGUAAGAAGCAGUUUUGCUGUUCACAAACACAGGAAUUAUUUUCCUCAAAAGAAGUUGCUUUUGUGCAAUAUUUUAUGCUCUGAACAAAUGUGUAUGUUUUACAUUGUUAUCCUUUUGUGAUCAAGAUGGACCCUAGUAAACCAUCUGAUCAUGACACAUAUAUAUAUAUAUCUUAUGCUUCUCAAUUAGUUUUGUUUUUUUACUAAAGUUAUUGGAUGCCCACAGAAGGCUUGAAAGGCAAGCCUUUAUCUGUACUACUUCAUAUAUGCAAAUAAUGGUCACUAAUGUCAUGAAGGUGUUUUUCACCAUUUUCACUUAAAUCUAUGUGCAUCUGCUUUUGAUGUUGCUAAAUAAUUAAUGGUCUGAAUAUGUUAAUUACAAUAAUGUUUAUUUUGUACAUAUUUAUGUAUCUACACCAAGUUGAAAAUGUACAUUACUCCAUUUUAUAUGAGGAAUGUAAAUGUUGCAAUAUUACUGUCUCUGGUAUUCUAACAGGAAAAUGAAUUCUGUAUAUACACACUAAAAGUGAAUUACUAAAUAAAGGCAAAACACUAACUUUGCAUUAAGUUUCAGCCUAGCUACACUAACAGGCUCAUGUCAGAAAUGCUUGUUCAAAACACUAUUGACUGAAAUCUUUUACCUUCAUGUAUAUGUAAUGAAAAUAAAUUUUUCAUGAUUUAACAA